CACAAAAGAGGUUCUCUGGGCCUCAUCAGGAACAAUUUCCCAAGCAAGCAUGGGUGACAGCGUGAUGCACUGAUGCUGCAUGUAUAUUUUGACCCGCAACAGAAUGAACAUCAGUCGUUGGUUCGGAUCAUUGUUGCGGGUGCCCUAAGGGGACCAAAUGCAAACUUCAUCUCCCCCUGUUGCAUUUCAGUCCCCCAAACACCAAAUCCAAUGCAAUCAUCACAUUACAUCCAACCCAAGAAAGAAGAAGAUACUAGCUACUAGGCUAGCUCCCUCUUUCUGAACGUCAAGUAAAAACGACCGUAUCGGAGGUGGUAUCACCUACUAGCCUACUACGUAGGGAGUAUGCUGCUAAAGAAAGAGAAAGCAACAGUGAACUAGUGGCGGGAUGGUGACACCAACCAAAAAAUGGAUGCUAGAUAUGGAGUAGACACUAAAGUUUUGUUGACACAAGCCGCCCAUGUGUUAAGCAUAUUAGAAACAAUCAUUAAGCAAACAAUGAUGCAAGGAACAAAAUCAUCAAAAAAUGAUGCAAGGAAAAAAAAGUUACGGCCGAUGAAAUCACUUGGUCGGUUCCUCCUCCUCCAGGUUCUACUCAUCUAGGUGAGGGGCAGAAAUGACGGAUACCUUUGGAAUAAUUUAUUACAGACUUUUCAGUUACUGUCUCUGCUGCUGCUUUUCUGCAUGUGCACGUGUGCAGUUUGACCAGCAGCUUCGGAAGAUUGGUCGCCUCGCUGGACCAAAUUCCAACUUUCCUUCCAGAGUCCGGUCGUCUCCCCCAUUCCGAGAAUCUAACCCAUGCAUCGGCGGCUCGGCACGUCCUGCGAAGUUGCGAGGGACCAUCCGGCCCUGCCAGACACCAUUAGCAUCUUGCUAUAAACAGAGGCAUCGGAGAAGCUCCUGGUCCAUCAGAACCUAGCUAUCCUGUGAUUUUGUGGACGGUGAACCCUCUGAGCUUCUUCCUGGUCCUGUUGCCUUCUUUGUUCUACUCCACCAAAGUAGUACCAGGCGUCAACCUCGGUGCAAUCAAUGGCGGCCGUCGAGGACAUCGUCAUCGCAGGCGCCGGGCUCGCCGGCCUCGCGACGGCACUCGGGUUAUACAGGAAAGGGAUGAGGAGCCUGGUGCUGGAGUCGUCGCCGACGCUGCGCGCGUCGGGGUUCGCCUUCACGACAUGGACGAACGCCUUCCGCGCCCUCGAUGCCCUCGGCGUUGGGGACAAGAUCCGGGAGCACCAUUUGCUUUACGAGAGGAGUUAUGCCUCCUUUUACUUCUUCACAGAAUGGUAACCUUCUCUGCUGCCACUGGUGAGGCUGCUGCAAAAGUAAGCCUAAAGAUGCAGGGGAAAAGCGGGCCACACGAAAUCCGUUGCGUGAAGCGUGACUUCCUGCUGCAGACGCUCGAGAACGAGCUUCCCAAGGACACCAUCAGGUACUCGUCCAAGAUCGUCGCCAUCGAGGAAGACGGCAACGUCACGGUCCUGCACCUGGCUGACGGUUCCACCAUGAAAACCAAAGUUCUGAUUGGGUGCGACGGCGUGAACUCCGUGGUGGCCAAGUGGCUGGGCCUUCCCAAGCCGAUCCUCUCGGGGCGCUCCGCCACCAGGGGCCUCGCCGAGUACCCCGCCGGCCACGGCUUCGGCCCCGAGAUCCUGCAGUUCAUCGGCCAGGGCUUCCGCUCCGGCGUGCUGCCCUGCUCCGACACCUCCGUCUACUGGAACUACACCUGGUACCCUUCCCCAGCCGACGGGGACGCCGAGGAGAGCGUGGCCAAGAUGCGGAGCUUCGUGCUGGCCAAGCUGCGGGGCGCCAAGAUCCCGGCCGGGGCGCUGGACGUGAUCGAGCGGAGCGAGAUGAGCGAGGUGGUGUCGUCGCCGCUGCGGUUCCGGUCGCCGCUCGCGCUCGUCCGCGGCAGCAUCAGCCGGGGCGGCGUCUGCGUGGCGGGCGACGCGCUCCACCCGAUGACGCCCGAGCUAGGCCAGGGCGGGUGCGCGGCGCUCGAGGACGGCGUCGUCCUCGCCCAGUGCCUGGGCGACGCCUUCGCCGCCGGCCACGAGGGGGUCGCGGCGGCGCUGGGGAGGUACGCCGAGGCAAGGCGGUGGCGCAGCGUCCAGCUGAUCACGGCCGCCUACGUCGUCGGCUUCAUCCAGCAGAGCAACAACGUGGUGGUCAAGUUCCUCAGGGACACCUUCCUGUCGCCGUUGCUGGCCAAGACGCUAGUCGCCAUGGCUGACUACGACUGUGGAACCCUAUAACUCUGCUCCUCUAGACAAGGAAAAAACUGCGAACGAAAAUGAUCGGUCCACGCCCCACCCCGCCCCCACCCCCCGCCCCCCGCCG